GGCAGCCCCUUGGUGAUGGAACGCCUCCAGAAGGCAAAACUGCAUGCUGGGCUGUGGAGGGGAAGUUGUUACCAGUUAUCUGGCAGGCCUGCAAGUGCAUGUGAAGCCAGAGGCCACACUGAUCACCAUAUAAGGUCUGCCUGGACGUCACUGCCCACCUCUUUGGAUUCUCCUCGGUUCAGUAACAUCUCCCAGGUGAAUUUUGUGGCAUGCCAGCUCUUUGCUUUGUUUGCUGCUUUCUGGUUCCGCAUCUACUUAAGUCCUGGUAAAACCAGUCCCGAUGUCCGGCACGCACUUGUCACCAUUUUUGGCAUCUAUUUUGUCAUCUUUUGUUUUGGCUGGUACUCUGUACAUCUUUUUGUGCUGGUGUUAAUGUGCUACGGGAUCAUGGUCACUGCAAGUGUAUCCAGUAUUCACAGAUACACCUUUUUGGUAGCAAUGGGAUACCUGACCAUAUGCCACAUCAGCCGAAUAUACAUCUUCCACUAUGGAAUCCUCACUACAGAUUUUUCUGGGCCUCUGAUGAUUGUCACACAGAAGAUCACGACCUUGGCAUUCCAAGUUCAUGAUGGAUUAGGUCGAAGAGCUGAAGACCUCUCUGCUGAGCAACAGCGUCUUGCUGUAAAAGUAAAACCCUCGUUUUUGGAAUACUUAAGCUACCUUCUCAACUUCAUGAGUGUCAUAGCUGGCCCUUGCAACAAUUUCAAGGAUUAUAUAGCCUUUAUCGAAGGGAGACAUAUACAUGCGAAGUUGCUGGAAGUGAACUGGAAGCAGAGAGGUUUCCACAACCUGCCAGAACCUUCUCCUACCGGAGCUGUGAUACACAAGUUGUGUAUGACCUUGGUGUCUCUCCUCCUGUUUUUGACACUCACCAAGACCUUCCCGGUCACCUGCCUGGUUGAUGAUUGGUUUGUUCACAAAGCAAACUUUCUGACUCGGCUCUGCUACUUAUAUAUUGUCAUGCAAGCCUCGAAGCCCAAGUAUUACUUUGCCUGGACGUUAGCUGAUGCAGUGAAUAAUGCAGCUGGCUUUGGGUUCAGUGGAGUGGAUAAGAAUGGAAAUUUCUGUUGGGAUCUGCUUUCUAACCUAAACAUCUGGAAAAUUGAGACUGCCACAAGUUUCAAAAUGUACUUAGAAAACUGGAAUAUUCAGACAGCUACUUGGCUAAAGCGAGUAUGCUAUGAACGGGUUCCAUGGUACCCCACGGUGCUAACCUUCUUCCUGUCUGCCUUGUGGCAUGGUGUCUACCCUGGAUACUAUUUUACUUUCUUAACUGGAAUCCUUGUCACAGUAGCAGCCAGAACAGUGAGGAACAACUACAGACAUUGCUUCCUUUCCUCCAGAGCCCUCAAGGUUGUGUAUGAUGUGGUCACCUGGGCAGUCACUCAGCUGGCUGUCUCUUACACAGUUGCACCCUUUGUCCUGUUGGCAGUUGAGCCAACCAUCAGCUUAUACAAGUCCAUGUACUUUUAUUUACAUAUCAUAAGUCUCCUGAUAAUACUAUUUCUGCCAAUCAAACCACAUGCUCAUAUUCAGAGGCAGCCUCAGACUCUGAACUCCGUUAAUAAGAAAAAAAAAGACUGAUACCUCCAAGGAAGCUGAGCAAGUAAAACUGCAAAAUGUCAGAAAGAUGAGAUCAAAGGCUCAAAGGUUUGCCAGGGACUUAGAAGUGAUGUUUACAUGCAUUUUUUUUUUAAGUGCAGGGAGUAUUUUAUAAGGCCUUUUAUAGGAUGAAGUCAGCCACGUCCAGUUGAUUUAAUAUUUCCUAGGAUAUUUGAAUGGCAUGGAGGUGUGUGGAGAAUGAGCCAGUGCUGCAAAGACAGUCCAUUCUGGGCUGCUGGGUCCUUGCUUUUCUAGCAUGAUUUCCAGCCUCUGGAACCUGUGCAUCUGCUCCAAAAGGCAGAAGGUUGUUGCUGACGGGGUUUGUCUUCCAGAACAUACCCAGAUACAGUUUUUCCUUGGGAAGCCUCAGAACUUUGACCACAGUAACUAUGUGGAAGACCAUGGAGGAGAGGGAUCCUGCAAAGAGGAGCCAGGAGGACUUGCUGUGAACACUUGAAUGGAUUGAAGGUCAGGCAUGCCCUAAAGUAGGCUGGAUUUUUUUUUUCCAGGGAUAGAACUCUUCCCUUUUUUCUUUGAACUGAGCCAAGAUUGGAAAUCAGAAAGUCUCCUGUACACAGACACCAGGAGUCUAGGAAAGCCUACUAUUUUCCAUUCCACAUGCUCCAUCUGCUUGCCCAGGGAUGACCCUGAGAAAACACCCAAAUGUUUGCAUCAUCAAAGGCAGCAGAAUGUCUUUUAAAUAAGCCAUUAAAAAAAAAAAAGUAAUUUAAAGUUAUAUAGAAGCCUGAUAAGAAGCAAUAGGCAUUUUUCUCUUUGCUCCCCUCAUUCCAUAGAAGUGUUAAUGAUCAUGGCUAUGAUGCGCAUGUGGGCAGAUUUUCACUUUUCUGAUUUUGCAGCUGAUUAAAUCUGACUGUUUUAGUUGAAUCAUCAUAUUGGAAAGCAGAAAUUGAAAACCAUCUUCUAUCUUUGUUAUGAAUGUGCUGUGGUUCCUUUCAGGGACUUCUAUUGGUUAAUAUUCUAUGUGGGAGAAAGAAACAUGGUAUUAAAUAUGCAAGAUAAUAAUGAUGAUGCUGAUAAUAAAUUAUAUGUUACAAUGGUGUGCCCUCAAAUAAAUGCCUUGGGAGGAGAGAAUUUGUUCAAAUCAGAUGGUCAAAACUUGGUUUCAUAUUGAAUGAAUACUGAAUGAAUGUUUCUCUAUAAAGGAAAUAUUUCUGAACAGA